GCAUGUCAAUUACAUUAUCUUUUGUUUGAAUUCGCCACCUUCCAGACGAGUUUAUUUCCGAUUGGACUGUGUCAUCAGUCUUCCUGGUGCCGUCACUGAAGAAACCUGCGGGGAGUUGUGCCGAAGCUGCAACUGUUACAGUGAUCGGAUACACAAUAUCUAUCGAGGUCUACGAGGAUAGCUGGUGUUUAAAAAAAAGACCAAUAUGCUGAGUUGUGCAUGGGAGAUAGUUCAGAGUUCCUGAAACAGGAAAUAAGCGGCGUUUGCUUUCAGCCAACGAAGGAAAGAUCGGAGGAACAAGCAAACCGUGAAGUAUUUUUGAAAAUAAUGUUAACGUAUUCGCACUUUGGUGGGUCAGUGCAUCUUUGAGGUUGUUUUGCCAAUGGCUCUGCUGGAAUGAAAGUGUUCUCGUCCCAGUUUUAUCUUUCUUCAAUCAACAUACACUUGUGCGUAAUGUUCGGAAAGGAGUCCUUUCAGUACAUUUCAGUCUCUGCAUUCACAUGAUCUGAACUUGAAACAAGAUCUCAAACAAAGAUAGCGAAGACUCGAUUUGCUUUUGUUUGAUGCGUGAACCUUCAGAAGCUAACGGUUGAUUUGCUUCACUUCAUUUGUUGUGCAGUGACUCCGUUCUAACUACAAAAACCUCUCGAAAUACGUUACAAGGGAGGGAAACGAGUCUUUCGAGGAAGGGCUAUGUUGGUGAAGGAGUUUAGGAUUUGCAUGCCCCUGACAGUAGAAGAGUACAGAAUUGGACAACUGUACAUGAUAAGCAAGCACAGCCACGAGCAAAGUGACAGAGGAGAGGGUGUGGAGGUGGUACAGAAUGAACCUUAUGAUGAUCCUAUUCAUGGCAAGGGCCAAUACACAGAAAAGAGAGUUUACCUGAACAGCAAGCUUCCUAGCUGGGCUAGAGCAGUGGUUCCAAGGAUCUUUUACGUCACGGAGAAAGCUUGGAAUUAUUAUCCAUACACUAUCACAGAAUACACAUGCUCCUUUUUGCCUAAAUUUUCCAUUCAUAUAGAGACUAAAUAUGAAGAUAACAAUGGAUCAAAUGAUAAUAUCUUUGAUUCAGAGGCAAAAGAUGUUGAAAGAGAUGUAUGCUUCAUUGAUAUUGCGUACGAUGAAAUUCCUGAACGAUACUACAAAGAUUCUGAGGACCUCAGAUAUUUUAAGUCAGAAAAAACACAGCGAGGUAUGCUGAAAGAAGGGUGGAGGGAAGCUCAGAAGCCUAUCAUGUGCUCCUAUAAACUGGUUACAGUUAAAUUCGAAGUCUGGGGACUGCAGACAAGAGUGGAACAAUUUGUACACAAGGUUAUUCGGGAUAUUCUGAUGAUUGGCCAUCGACAAGCGUUUGCCUGGGUGGAUGAGUGGUACGACAUGACAAUGGAUGAAGUUCGGGAAUUUGAACGAGCAACUCAGGAAGCCACCAACAAAAAAAUUGGAGUUAUCCCUCCUGCGAUUACGAUCAGCAAUAUUGUUAUGCCUUUAUUAGGCCGCAGCGGACCUUCUAGUGCUCCAACCACACCUCUCGCCUCAGAAGCUCCAGAAUUCCUGGCAAUUCCUAAGGAUCGCCCUCGGAAAAAGUCUGCUCCAGAAACUCUUACUCUUCCAGAUCCUCGGGAGAAAUGCAGCACUUCUACAAUAUCCAACAUUGAUGCCUCUGGCGAGCCUUCUGUGCCCAAGCAUAACUAACUUUCUGCCUGUGACAACAGGCUCGUCAUUCAGAUUUCAGUAUUAGAUGACAUUCUUCUUUACCGUCACUUGUUUUCUUCCUUAAUCUCAAACUCGCAUGCUAGUUGCCUAUUUCAUUGGGUCCCCUAGGUGUAAAUUGCAAGGAAAUCAAUGUGCUCCAUGUCUGCAGAUUUUUAUCUAUCAAAAUGGAUCAAAGCUUCUCUAAAGCAGGGAAUAUCAUUGUAGGGAGCGAAUGCAGUUUAAAUUCUCCAAAUGCUGAUGACAAGUAAACAUACCUGCUGCCGAUGUACAUUCAGAAUUCACAGAUGCCUUUCCCAGCAUUUUCCUAGCAUUGAUAGCCAAGGGCUGCAAAUCUCAGAGAACACUGUGAUUUUCCUACUGCUGAUGGAUGAGAUUGCUGGUGCCCACUGGGAAGAUUUAUCCCUCCUUGUUCUACAUAUUCACGUACAGUAAGUGUAUCAGUGCAGUAACAUUUAAAUCCGAGCUCUCAUGUUGAAUUCAAGAGUAAUUUGUGUUUGCUCACCUCUUGCAUGGUGAUAGAUGAGCCUUGAUGACUUGGGACCAAAAUCAUUUAUCCACCCUCAGUGGGACAUGGGUAGACUUUCAAAGCAUUCGGCAUUUGUUGGCUGUGGUUGCAUACCAAGACACACUAUGUUCUUCGACACUAUGUUCUAUGUUCUCAAUUCACCAGUGAUGGUCUGUGGAUUAGAACCAUGAAAAUGAUGUAGCACAGAACCAAGCCAUUAAGCCCAUCCAUUUGUGCCGGCUCAUUUAUUCCCAAUUUCCUACCUUUUCCCCAAUAGCCUCGUAUUAUUUUCCCUUUCCAAUUGCUCUUUUAAGCCAGAUGUAUUUAAAACGCUCAAGUGCCCAUUGUUCACAUAAGCCCUCAUCGAGCUAUUUGAUGAUGGAGACAAACCUAGACCCACCUUCCACGUUCCCCACUGGUUCAGAUGAAUUCCAGCCCCAAAUCACAGUCAACCAGUGGACAAAUCUAAUCCUUGCUUCAUAAAAGUAGUAACUGUACUUUAACAUUAUUUAGUUAUUAAGUCUUUUGGUUAUAGUGAGGAUCUGAUAAAAAAACAUUUGAUAAAAGAAGACAAGGAAGGAACUGUUGAUGCUGGCUUACAAAAAAAGACACAAAGUGCUGGAGUAACUCAGCCAGCCAGGCAGCGUCACUAGAGAACUGGGAUAGGUGACGUUUGAAGAGUGGCCCCGACCCGAAACAUCACCUAUCCAUGUUCUCCAGAGAUGCUGCCUGAUCCACUGAGUUGCUCAAGCAUUUUGUGUCCUUUUUUAUUAAAUAAAAGGAAGUUCCACCUUACCUCAUGGCAACAGAGUUGAAGGUGAUAAAAUAGGCAUCAUUUUUAAUCAGCCUUAAUCAUGCCACAACUGGAAGUUUAUCGUAUAAACUGCAAAAAUAAAAGUGGUUUUCAAACUCCACCCACAGCUGCCUCCACAAAACCCCUCCUGGGCCUGGAAACAGGUCAUUCACCUUGUCAGGAGAAUAUUGUUUACCACAACUGAAGUCAUCAAGGAGCAAAGAAGAACUUUGGAUAAGCUCAGCAGGUGAGGCAUCAUUUGACUGACCUUUCAUCAACGUGAAAUGCCAGCUCUGCUUUGAUGAUGCCUGAUCCUGCUGCGCAUUUCCUACAUUUUCUGUGGGGUUUUUUUCAUUUUGGAUUCGCACCAGCAUUUUGCUUUUGAUAAAUCAAAGCCAUUUGCAAAAACAGGAGGCUGAGCAUUUUGUGAAAAUCAUCUUUUUAAACAGAUAUUUCCUAAGAGCUGGGAUCAAUACUACUAGGAAAACAUUUGAGAUUAAUAGGAUUAUUUAGAUAUCAUAACAACACGUCUUUUCAAUGGUAAAUACAGUUAUAAAUAUAUUUAAAUCAUAUGGUGAUAGUUACUGAAAUUAAUUUUCCUAACAAUGCUUUUGGAAACAAUGUUGCUGGAAUUGCGUAUUCAGUUUGCUUAAUUUCCCCAAGUUAUGUAUUUUUUGUUUUUGUUGGCUACCAAUUCCCACCUAUCACAAAUGCAAAUGGUAUUUUUUGAGUUCUGGAAUAUGUAGAAGCUCUGUAUAAUGUUCUGGUUAAAUAGAAAUAUCAGUUUAGUUAUCUUACUGUGGAGAAAUUAUUUCUGCCUUGUUUUUCACCCCAUGAUUGGAACUUUAAACUACUGAGGAAGAUAUUUCCAAGAAUUGUAGUUCUGAAAAACAGAUUGGAAAACAAAAAAUGGCCUGGUGCUGAUCCAAGUGUGCUAGUCUCCAUCUGGAGGUUCUCCAGGCCUCAGAUGGGUAACCGCUUGGGAUGUUGCAACCGUCCUCAGGAUUCAGAGUUAAGGAAAGAUAAAAUUGUUCUGAUCUCUCUCUCUCUUUUUUGAUUCCAUAUGUGUGGAGACCCAAUGAGUUCAAAAUCUAGCGUGAAGUCCCGCCACCGUUGAAUAGCCUGACAACAUGGAGUAUUUAUAUUGAAUAAUGAACAGUGGCCAAAUGGGAUAAAUUCCUGUACAACUACCGUGUGUGAGGAGAAUUACUGCUCUCAGGAGGAAAGGGGAAAAUAAAAGUUGAGAGCACAAAGCAUUAGUGAGGUCUGACAAUGUCAUCUGACAGGUGAGCACCUUAGAAGAAUGCGGAUGUAAAGGACACGAAAGAUCUCUUACCUUCAGACAUUCAGUGACAUGUAAUCUGUUAUGCUCGGGUUCACUACAUGAAAAAUCCAUCUUGUGACAAAUAUUGAACAGUUUUGCAUAGGACAGUAUUGUGUAUAAGCAGUACGAUGUAAAUAUUCUGAUGAUUUGUUAAUUUAAGGAUGAAGUUACCUUAGAUGACUGGUUUACCUUAUUAGAUGAGCUAAAGGAUCCACUGUUAAAGUUUGUUGUCUAGCAUGUUACGAUAAACCAACUGUAGUAAAACCUCACAUUGCUAUUCAGCAGAGUUAUCAUUAAAAGAAAUAAAAAGCUUUUAUCGCUGAAUGAAAGUAAAUUGCUUCUAUAAUUAUUCGGGUAAUCAUCUUGCUAGAUUUGUACUCGGUAGUAUCUUUCAACUUUUGGACUAAAAUAGGAAAAAUAUAUAUUAUAAUCUGCCACAGUAUAAUACUGUGGCAGAAAAUAUGUCAAUCAUUACACAAAGCCGAAAUAACAGGUAGCAAGCAACACUUCAAGACUCAAAUUACAAUUUGUAGCAAGGAAUUGCUUUCCUUUACAAUAGCCAGAUUGUAGUCAUUGUCCCGUGACUCACCACAAGAACAAUACUAAAUGUAAUGUGGCAUCCAGCCACAUGGAUAAAGUAGGACAGAUGACUGAAAAUGUAACCUGAGAGGUGUAUUUCAGGGAGCAUCUCAGAAUAGUAAGGGGUGGGUGUGCCCAAAUCCCCUUGCAAUAAAGUGUAACCUAGAGUUGCUCUCCUGAUUGCACACUGUACCUACAAAUUAACUUUCAGUGUGUCAAGGACACCCCAUUCUCUUAGCGCAUCAACACUUUUCAACUCCUUAUAUAAAAUAAAUUCUAUCCACCAAUGAUAAUCUAACAUGUUUCCACACAAUCCUGCUUCCAUGUCCUUGUGUGUUCAUUUUGCCACAAUCAACCCCCUCCCCCCCACCUAAUUUUUUGCACAGCCAAAAAUCUUUGACGCGUCAACAAACUUGAGACAUUUUAUGUCAUCCAUUCAUCCAUAUUAUUGAAACAGGUACAGAUACAAAUGGGGCAUCAAUCCUUAUGGCACUCGAUUAGAAGUAGUCACUUUGUGCAGAUAACCCUUUUUCAGAUGUGGAAAAGAUAAUCAUAUCUCUACCACCAAUAAGUUGAGUUACUUUAUUGUCAUAUGUACCUAGGUAUGGUGAAAUGUUUUAUUUUGCACACAAUCCAUAAAAUCAGUCCAUGUUUGCUGGAAUUAAUGAAUCUGGAUACACAAAGAACUGCAGAUGCUGGUACCUUGAGCAAAACACAAAGUCAUGGAAAUAGGCAGAAAAUACAAAGUAGCCAGCAUUUUGUGUCUGUCUUCAGUGUAGUACCAGCAUCUGCAGUUCCUUCCCACACAUGUCCUCAGUACUCAGCGGGUCGGUCAGCAUGUGUAGGAAGAACUGCAAAUGCUGUUUUAAACGGAAGACACAAAGUGCUGGAAUAACUCAGCGGGUCAGACAGCAACUUUGGAGA